GAACAUAUUCUUUUGAGCCUAGGUGACAUGAAACUGAAAUAUUUAUUCCAUAUGCCUCAUUAGCAUUUAAAAGAUUAUUUAUAAUGUUCAUUCUGCUGUUAUGUCCCACAGGCAAAAACACCUUCCCAAGAGCAGAGGGACAUGUGAGGGGUAUAUAAGUGCGACUGGUCUCACCAGAUCUUUGUACGAGGCAACCAUGGGUAAAGUACUGGUGGUUUCAGCUCUGGCGCUGCUGUUCAGCGUGCAGCUGGGCUCUUCACACAUCCUAUCAUGCUACUUCACCAACUGGGCCCAGUACAGGCCUCCCCCCACCAUCUACAUGCCCAAAGACAUCGACCCCUGCCUGUGCACCCACCUGCUCUAUGCCUUCGCUACCAUGAAGAACAACAAGCUGGCCACCUUCGAGUGGAAUGACUUGUACCUCUACAGCGAGUUCAGCAAACUCAAGAACCAGAACGGAAAUCUGAAGACCCUGCUGUCUGUUGGAGGAUGGAACUUUGGCUCUUCAGGAUUCUCCGCCAUGGUGGCCAGCCCUAGUGCUCGCCAGACCUUCAUCAGCUCCGUUGUUGAGUUCCUGAGGAAGUACGAGUUCGACGGUCUGGACAUCGACUGGGAGUACCCUGCCAACAGAGGGAGCCCUCCCCAGGACAAGCAGCUGUACUCUGUUCUCGUGCAGGAAAUGAGGGCUGCCUUUGAGAAGGAGGCCAAGACGAGCAGCAAAGCUCGCCUCCUGCUGUCUGCCGCCCUCUCUGCGGGUCAAGGCACCAUCGAGUCAGCCUAUCAGAUCCCUCAGGUCGCCGAAGCCUUGGAUAUGCUCAACAUCAUGUCCUACGACUUCCACGGCUCUUGGGACCCCAUGACCGGCGAGUGCAGCCCUCUGUACAAGAGUCCUGAGGACCAGGGCGGCUUUGUGGACUUCAACGUGGCGUCCGCCAUGAACUACUGGAAGGACAACGGAGCUCCCGCUGAGAAACUGCUGGUUGGAUUCCCCACCUACGGAAACACUUUCACCCUGAAGGACGCCUCCAACCACGGAAUCGGAGCUCCCAUCGCUGGGGCUGGAACUCCUGGGAAGUACACGCAAGAGGCUGGCGAGCUGGCUUACUUUGAGAUUUGUGGCUUCUUGAAUGGCGCAACUGAGGUUUGGAAUACAGAUCAGGAUGUGCCCUAUGCCUACAAAGGAAACCAGUGGGUUGGCUAUGACAACAUCAAGAGUUUUGGAAUUAAGGUUGACUGGUUGAUGAAGAACAACUUUGCGGGAGCUAUGGUCUGGACCAUUGACAUGGACGACUAUCUGGGCACCUUCUGUAACCAGGGCAAAUACCCUCUGAUCAACGUUCUGCACAAAGCCUUUGGUCUUGAUAAACAAGCUUGCACCCCCUCUGCCACUCAAGUGCCCCCCAUCCCCGGAGUGACCGGCGCUGAUGGUGGUGGUGGCGGUGGAGGCAGCAGCUCCUCUGGUGGCGGAUCCUCCUCUGGCGGUGGAUCCUCCUCUGGUGGCGGAUCAUCUAGUGGCGGUGGAUCCAAGAGUGGUGGAUCCUCUUCUGGUGGUGGAUCUUCUAGUGGUGGAUCCUCCAGUGGUGGAUCCUCCAGUGGUGGUUCCUCCAGUGGUGGCAGUUCCAGUGGCACCAGUGGAAUGAAUAAUGCAUUUUGCUCUGGCAAAUCCAACGGCUUCUAUCCUAACCCCAAGAACAAGAGUCAGUUUUACCAGUGUAUUGGAGGCAGGACCUAUUUCCAGAACUGUAGCGGUGGCCUGGUGUUUGACACCAGCUGUAAUUGCUGCAACUGGGCUUAGGCUAUAAUGCUAGAUUAAUUAUUCACAAUUCUCAUUCAUUCUAAAUCAUUUUAAAAAAAAUGACGAGUUAGAAUAAUUUAGACUGACAAAGUUCUGUAUUUCAACACACAUCUGCAUGUCAACUACUGUGUAAUGAUUAAUCUGACAUACCCCUUCAAACAUUUCUCCUAGCCACUUCAAA